AUGGGAUUUGAUCAGGGAGUUCCAUUUCGUUGUCCACAGACAGCUCCAGACGACUCGUUGCCCGCCAUUCUUGAUUACAAUGUCUUUGCACCGGAUAAAAGUAUUCCCUUCCUUCUCUCAGAACGAAAACCUGUGACGACUACCAAAUAUAAUGUCUUCUGGCAAGAUGAUUUUAUCGCCAUUCAUCAGUUCGUGCAGGAUGUUGUGACAAAGCCACGUGAAACACCUUCUUCUGCGGGUCUUGACAACUCGAAUAUCUUUGCUAGACUUGCCCACGGUCAAAAGGCGGCGCCUCUUGAGGAAGGAGAUGACAAGACUGAAUCUCUUGAAGAAGAAUCCGAGGAGGAAGAAAAUUCGAGAUCCGGUGGUGAGAGGAGCACUUCUGAAUGCAAUAGAGAGUCUUCUUCCAUUGGGAUCACAAAUGAGUCGGAAAAGGCCAUCGAAGAUAACCCUGAGAUGGAGAUUCGUCGUGAUGAAGAUGUGGUUUUGCCUCCAACCAUGGAAGUCGUUCCUGCUAGCAACCUGGAGAUGGAGAUUGUCCAUCGUGAAGAUGUUGCUACGUUUCAAAUGACAGAAAAUUCUCCCAUGGUUGCAGGUCUUUCUGAGAUCCAAAGGUUGCAGGCUGAACCAGUUGAUGGUCCUUCCGCGGAUUUUAUUAAUCAACAGGAGGCAGAAGUCGAGAAGUUUACUUAUACUUCCGAGGAAAUGAUCAAUGUUGUGCCCCUUUAUGCUGCCGGUUUGAAAGACACUUUUAACGUUAUGGAUGCCAAUAGAAAGUUGUUGGAGGCUGCUCUUCGGCAGAAGAAGUUAGCGGAGAUGGAGAGUCUUCGUUCCCAGUUGCAGCAGGAGCAGGAACGUGCCCGAGGGUUGGAGAAGCAACUAGACGAGACCAAAGGUACUGAUUCAAAGCUUUAUUAUCUGUGA